UUAAAAUUUGUUUGUGCUUCUUUACAUACAAAAUUAAAGAGUUCAAAAAAAUUCACAACUAUUUAAAUUAUAUCAAAAAUUCGUAGAGAGGAAAGUUAACAAAUCUCUGAAUUUUGUUCACUUAAUGAAGCCAAAAUUUGCAGGACAUUACCUCCAGCAGUCAAGCGUGCGUGUAGCACAGUUUCAAUUCUAAAGAUAGGUUUCUACAAUCCUUACGUAAAAACUUCGUCUGCCUAUAGUUCUUCUUUGUAAUCUUCAUCUUCGUAGACAUGGCGGCAAAAGAUAAUUAUGAUGAACAAGACGAAAAUAACGAAUUGUUUAGUCUGUUUAAACUUGCUGCGGAAUUUGUGAGGGAUCUUCCUGACUUAAAAAAUGCAGAAAAAUUAAUAUUCUACAGUCUUUACAAACAGGCAACAGAAGGGCGAUGUAACACUCGCAAACCUGUCAUGUGGGAUAUGAAAGCAAGUGCAAAAUGGGAGGCAUGGAACGGUCUUGGUGAAAUGUCUUCGGAAGAAGCAAUGAAAAGGUACAUUGGUGAAUUGACAAGGAUAUGUGAGAACUGGGAGGAUAGCAAGGAAACAUUACAUACCAUUGAGCAGGUAAAGGUGAGUCAAGGGUCAUCAGUGGAUAAUAAUGGUGGUAUGGGUUUAUCAGUGAGUACUCUCUACAAUGCCGAAAUUGAGAAAGAGUUAAAUGUAAAUGAUGAAGACAAAACACUAUUUGAUUGGUGUAAAGAGGGAAAUGCCAACAAAUUGAAAAAGAUACUGAAACAAAGAAAAAAUGGUGUAAUGGAGAAAGAUGAUUAUGGUAUGACAUUGCUACAUUGGGCAUGCGAUAGAGGCUAUGAAAAUAUUGUCCAAUAUCUUAUUGAUGCAAAUUGUGAUAUUGACUCCCAAGACAAUGAUGGUCAAACUGCUUUACACUACGCAACCAUAUGUGAAUUUGAAAAGAUUGUGGAAACUCUGAUCCGUGCUGGGGCUAAUGCUACUUUGGCAGACAAGGAAGGCAACACGCCAUUUCAACUUACUUCAAAAACAAAUUUGCAACAACUGCUGACAUUGUCUCAUUAAUAUUACAUUAAAGAAAAAAUAAAAUAAACGAUACAGCUUUUCUUAUAUUGUAAAAAGAUGUGAAAAUUGUAAAAAUAUUUAUAAAUAUUUUCAUUGUUGUGAAUGUUUAUGAAUGUCAUUCAAAAGAUAUUCAAAAGAAUUGAAUUACCUUUAA